AUGGCCGUCACUGGAUUCCUCAGAGUCGGAUUUAGCCGUUUCUGGCGCUUUAUUUUCCAUACGGUCUGGGGUAUUUUCCUCAGUUUAUUUCCCUGGAUAGGUUUGCUGGCCAUUAGCCCCCUGGUUGUCUUAUUUUCCAUCUACUCAAUCUGGUGGACCUAUAAAAACCAUUGGCGACCCAAACUCCGACGUAAAUUUGGUCGGUCCAAAUUCAGCGACGCCCGUGAUGACGAAGGGAAUCUCCUCUGCGACCGCUGUGCAGCCAUCGAUCUCGAGACCGCGUUUCAGCCCCGGCAGCCUGGGGAACACCUCGAGCAUGGUCGCUUUCUGCUUCAUCUCAACCCGAGUCGUGAAUGGCCGAUUGAGGAAUGCCGAUUCUGUCAGCUUCUCGAGGCUUCCCGGGUUGAUGAGUCAUGGUAUUCGGAUUCCCGAGGGUAUGAUUUGGUCUCGACGCCUAUCUCUCAAUCCGUAUGGGAUGAUCGUUCUGGAUCCCGCAUCACAGAACAUGUGGAAGCGGUGGUGCUUAAUGCGGUCCAUUCCGGGUCAUCCAACCGGGGAUGGGUCUCAAUGAGUCCAACAUGGCAAAAGCAUGUCAAGGGCGUUAUAGGUGUCACUAAUAGCUCCCCACCCGAUCAACACCAUCCUUUUCAUAUGAGGGAUAUGCGUGGGCCACGAGCGGAUUUCGACCAUGUCAGAGGGUGGAUUGAGCUAUGCUGCGGAUUUCAUGACGAAUGUCGCUUGCUGCAUCAAGGAAAUAGUAUGCCGCUUCGGUUGAUCGACUGUGAGACGCGUCGGUUGCUCGUGGCCCAGGAAGGGAUGGAAUACGCUGCUCUCAGCUAUGUCUUGGGCUCCACCACAGGCUCAGGCCACACAGAAUUCGCCAACGUACUUCCAGAUGACAUUCCAAAAGUGCUUAUUGAUGCAAUGGAGGUCGCCCAACAGCUUCAGACUCGAUGGUUGUGGAUAGAUCAAUAUUGUAUCAAUCAGUUCGAUGAGGUUGAAUUCCAAAGCGAGCUCAGUCGCAUGCAUUUGAUCUACCAGGGGGCCAAAUUCACCAUCAUCGCCGCAGUGGGUGACGCAACCCAGGGACUUCUUGGGACGAGCUCAACCCCAAGGGCCCAAAAUCAAGUUCAAUCGAGCCUGCUCUACCAAGGAAAGAGGCUCAGUCUUUCUCUUCCGAGUCCACGGACUCGAGUGGCCAAUUCCAUCUGGAUGACUCGCGGCUGGACCUACCAGGAAGCCGCACUGUCUCGUCGAUGUAUUUACUUCACCCAACAGGAAAUCUAUUUCGAGUGUCGCAUCGCCACGUGGCGAGAGAGCAUUUCCGAGCCUGUCGAAUGGAUCGAUCCCUCGACGAAACAGAUCUUUAAACCUAGCCACGGCUUUCCCGAACACGUCGAUCUAUACACGGCUCGCAACCUCUCCUAUCCGAACGAUGCGCUCAACGCCUUCCGCGGAGUUCUCAAACAUCUCAUCUCUCAAAGUCAGCGAACUCCAUUACUUCACCACUGGGGCGUCGAGAUCUACCCCCUGAACGACCGACCGGGCCAGUAUGCGCCUGACCUUCUCUGGUCCCACUAUUCUGAGUCCACACUCAGUUCCGCAAGAGUUGACCCCGAACUCCGACGUCGGAGCGCAUUUCCCAGUUGGUCGUGGUUGGGAUGGAACAAACGAACCGGGCUCUUCUACGCGUCUUUUUAUUCGAGUCUCCGGAUCAUGGCUCAAUGCUGGGCCGAGACCAAACACGGCUCGUUGAUUUCGUUUGAUUCCGAGGAGAAUGUCAGGUUUAUGACCCAGACGGUCGAUGACUUCUCAACCAUCCUCCACGUCGAGGCCCCCGUUCUUGAUAUGGUGGUUUCCACCACGCACGGAAACCGCUUGGAGAUCAGGGGGUAUCCCGAUGAGGAGGUUAUUAUCACCAAUCCCUGGAUGAGCACAGACAUGGUCCUCGAUCACUGCAUGGGCGUGGUGGUAGGCAUGGAAGGGCCAGUACAGGCUAUCGUGGGGAACAACCAGGGACCACGGGCUUAUAUUUUGUUGGUCGAGCAGCAAGUGAAUGGCCUAUGUCGACGGAUUGGCUUGGCAAAAUGCUAUGGUCUUGAACCAUUAAUCGAUUAUGUACCGAGGACUAAACUACGUCUUGGUUGA